CGUCACCCCUAGACAUCCAAUCGGACCGGGCCGUAUAAAACACGCAGUUUCCUGCGCUGGGAUCAUGCUGAGGUACGUGGGCACAGCUGACAGCUUUCAUGCAACGUCCUUCCCCAACUGAAGGAGCUCCUAUACGGAUAGUUUGCAAUUUGGCCCCGUCCGACACGAUGGCGGAGAUCACGGGAGUCCGAAGCGGAGAUGAGAUCCCGGCCCUGGGCUUGGAUGUGUCUGAACUCGCCGUCCAGGAGAAAGCAGGACCGCGGCUGUGAAGCGGGGAUAGAGGAGUGACAACACCGCGUAGUCUCUCUGCGAUCGGCCGCUCUUACACGCCCAAUCGGAGCGGCAGCACUAAAGCGGCGCCCCUUCUUAAUUUUAAAGGUACGGAGAUGUUGGAACCUGGAAGCUGUAGCUGAUUGGACUGACUGACAGAGUGGGCUCCAGGCGGGAAGGUUGUACCUCCUCACCAUGGGAGACGGGGACCUGGGUGCCAGGGGUGAGGGGCUGAACCACUCCCAUGUCCUGUUUGACCGCUUCGUCCAGGCCUCCACCUGCAAGGGCACACUCAAGGCCUUUCAGGAGCUGUGUGAUUUCCUGGACCUCAAACCCAGCGAGUACCGCAUCUUUUAUCACAAGCUAAAGUCCAGGCUCAACUAUUGGAAGGCCAAGGCCCUCUGGGCCAAAUUAGAUAAACGGGCCUCUCACAAGGACUACAAGAAGGGUCGUGCGUGUGCCAACUCCAGGUGCCUGAUCAUUGGCGCGGGGCCAUGCGGCUUGAGGACGGCCAUCGAACUGGGCUUCCUGGGGGCCAAGGUGGUCCUUCUCGAGAAGAGAGAUGCCUUCUCACGCAACAAUGUACUCCACCUCUGGCCCUUUACCAUCCAGGACUUGCGUGGCCUGGGGGCCAAGAAGUUCUAUGGGAAGUUCUGUGCUGGUUCCAUAGAUCACAUCAGUAUCCGCCAGCUUCAGCUGAUGCUGCUGAAGGUGGCGCUGCUUCUGGGCAUCGAAAUCCACGUCAAUGUGGAGUUCAAGGGUUUAGUGGAACCCCCAGAGGAUCAGGAGAAAGCGAGAAUCGGAUGGAGAACUGUGGUCCAUCCCAGGACACACCCCGUGAAUGAGAUGGAGUUCGACAUUGUCAUUGGGGCAGAUGGGAGGAGGAACACUCUGUCAGGGUUUAAGAGGAAGGAGUUCCGGGGCAAGCUGGCCAUUGCCAUCACGGCAAACUUCAUAAACCGCAACACAACUGCUGAGGCCAAGGUGGAGGAGAUCAGUGGCGUGGCCUUCAUCUUCAACCAGAAGUUUUUCCAGGACCUCAGGGAAGCCACAGGAAUUGACCUGGAAAACAUUGUUUACUAUAAGGAUGACACCCACUACUUUGUCAUGACUGCCAAAAAGCAGAGUCUUCUGGAAAAAGGAGUCAUUCUGCACGACUAUGCUGACACGGAGCUGCUGCUCUCCCGGGGCAAUGUGGACCAGAUCGCCCUGCUGGCCUAUGCCCGCCAGGCUGCUGACUUCUCCACCAACCACCAGCUGCCCACGCUGGACUUUGCCAUCAACCACUAUGGGCAGCCGGACGUGGCCAUGUUUGACUUCACUUGCAUGUAUGCAUCAGAGAACGCAGCGUUGGUGCGUCAGCGUAAUGGGCACCAACUGCUGGUGGCGCUGGUGGGGGACAGCCUGCUGGAGCCUUUCUGGCCCAUGGGCACAGGCAUCGCACGGGGCUUCCUGGCCGCCAUGGACUCUGCAUGGAUGGUGCGCAGUUGGGCUCUAGGCUGCCCCCCGCUGGAGGUGCUGGCUGAGAGAGAAAGCAUCUACCGACUUCUACCCCAGACCACCCCCGAGAACGUGAGCAAGAACUUUAGCCAGUACAGUGUGGACCCCACUACACGCUACCCCAACGUCAGCCUCAACUUGCUGGGCCCUGGCCAGGUGCGCCAUCUCAUAGACACGGGUGAAACUGACAACACAGUCGGCUCUUCCACGCCCAAGCUGUUGCGAAAUGAAUCCAUUGCACGUUCCAACAAGUUGCUGAGCUGGUGCCAGCGGCAGACGGAGGGUUACCGGAAUAUAGCAGUCAGUGACCUGACCAUGUCCUGGAAGAGCGGCCUUGCCCUGUGUGCCCUGAUUCACCGCUUUCGGCCUGACCUCAUAAACUAUGACUUCUUGGAGGAGCAGGAUGUGGAGAACAACAACCAGCUGGCAUUUGACGUGGCUGAACGCGAGUUUGGCAUCUGCCCCAUCAUGACUGGCAAAGACAUGUCAUCAGUCUCAGAGCCCGACAAGCUUUCCAUGGUCAUGUACCUUAGCCAGUUCUAUGAGAUGUUCAAGGACACAGUGCCCCCUGGUGAAAACCAGAACCUAAGUCCCGAGGAGAAGGCAGCUCUGAUUGCCAGCACCAAGUCACCCAUCUCCUUCCUGAACAAGCUGGGCCAGAGUAUUUCUCGUAAGCGUAACCCUAAGGACAAGAAGGAGAAGGAUCUGGAAGCUGGGAAGAGGAGAAAGACGAGCCAGGCUGGCCAGUCGGAGGAUGAGGAUCACGGGCCAUCGCAUUCCUCCCCUCUGCGGGAAAGGAAGGCCCCAUGUAACUCCUGCACCCCAACCGGUGCUAGCCACACCAGGGUCAAGUCCAUGGCCACCCAGCUGCAGGCCAAGUUCGAGGAGAGCACUCCCACGCCGGCCCUAACCUCGGCCCCGGGACUGAAGCAACAGUGCAUUGACAGGGGGGUGGACACGGAUGAGGCCCCAGUAGAGCAGCCUUCGACUGAUGGGGAGUGGUGGCGGUGCCCCCCAAGGGAGCAGAAGACUGUGCGCUCCCCCAGUAUUCAGGAGAGGGCUGCCCUACUGGCCUGCCUCCUCUCGGGGAAGCCUGUGAAGACUCAGGCUAAGGACCAGUCCUGGAUGGCCCAUGUAGAGGACCAGCUCCUCUCCGGGGCACCCCCUUCCCCUGACACCUUCAGACAGAGAUAUGUUAAAUUAUAUACAGGGGGAGUGUGCUCAUUUGCUGAACAGUUAGCCAAUCAGCUUCAAACUCAUGAGGAACCCAAACCUUUUCUUGACAAGAAGGAAUUGAGUUCCCUGCGGAAGGAGUUCCCACAGAACAUUGGGGGCAGCGAUGUCUGCUACUUCUGCAGCAAACGUGUGUAUGUGAUGGAGCGCCUGAGCGCCGAGGCCAAGUUCUUCCACCGGAGCUGCUUCAAGUGCGACUACUGUGGAACCACAUUGCGCCUGUCCUCUUAUGCCUUUGACCUGGAGGACGGCAAAUUCUACUGUAAACCGCACUACUGCUACCGCCUGUCGGGUCAGGCCCUGAGGAAGAGGCCCGCUCCAGUUGGACCGGUUCCAGCCCAAAAGGAGAGCCCUGCCAUCCCGCCUGAUGUGGCAACAGUGGACGGCCUAGCAGGGGCUGAGGCCACACCACCUCUGGCUGAUCUCCGGCCCUCAGCCGAGGUCAAUGGUGUCUCGGAGGCUGGCCUGGCGAAGCGUUUGCGUGGCACACCUGAGCGUAUCGAGCUGGAGAAUUACCGGAUAUCACUGCAGCGUGAGGAGGAGCUGGAGGAGGUUCCAGAGGAGACACUGGCCGAGCACAACCUGAGCAGCCUGUUGGACAAGGCCACUGAUGUCGAGGAGGGCUCCAGCAGCUCUGAGUCAGAGAUGGAGGACGAGGAGCGGCAGCAGGCAACCUCUGACCUGGGUGGAGUUCCUUGGAAGCAGGCUGUGGAGCUGCAUGCCAGACUGAAGGGGGUCACUGCUCUGGCCACGGAAGGGGAGGAGCAGGGGGGGCGGCCCGUUGCCGAGGGACCUCAGGAGGACGAGGAGGAGGAUGAAGAGGAGGAAGAUGAAGAGGAGGAUGUGGAAGAGGAGGAAUCCAGCGAUGAGGGGGAGUACUGCCCCUGGGAGAGGGAGCUCCAGUCAGGUCUGUGGUUGGAGAGCUGGGCAGAUGAAGAGGAGACUGGUGUUUUGGAAGCCAGGAACCUCCCUGCUGAGCUUGGUCUCCAGCCCGAUGGCCCUCCCACUGUCCAACUUGAUAUCUACUGGACGCAUGUCCACCCCAAGGGGGCCAUGGAGGGCAACGGGGAGAGGCCCCUAGCCUCUCAUCCCUCCCACUCCACAGAGCCCUGUGACCGAGAUGAUGACGCAGAAGCUGGGAGCCCUGACGUGGAGCCUGGCACAGAGCUGGAUGAAGAGGAGAUUUCAUCAGAUACAGAGACCGAAAUUCAUUCACAGCAGUUUCCAGAAGACAAGCUGUCAUUGGCAGAUGAGGAAAGGUACAGGGGUGACAUAUCACCCUCUGAUCAUGAGCAACCGGCUCAGCCAGUCUGUCUCAGGCUGUUUGUUGGUGAUGGUCUGGUUUCUCCCCUUAAAGAUACUCAGGAGCCUGAAGCACAGGUCACCCAGAAGGCUCAAACUCCUGCCUUGGUUAAAUCCCACGAUUUGCACUUCUCAGAACCAUUAGUUGGAGAGGAAGUCAAGCCAAAGGUGAACUCUUCUGUCCUGGAUACUAAGAGUCCCGUGUCUUCAGUUUCCCCCAUUUGCUCUCAGCCUGUUUCACUGCCAGAAACGGUUGCCCCAGAAUCAUCAGUGAGCAAUGGCCAGCCCUGUUCCUGCUCCUCUGCAGGGAAUGCGCUCUCACCAAUAUGCACCCGGCCACUUCUCUGCAAUGAACCGGCAGCGAGCCUCUCCAACUCCCCAGAGCGAACCAAAGCCUCAUCUUCAGUGACAUCCACACCACUUUCUAAACCCAUUCCUACAAAGGCUUUGCCCGAGCUUCUGAAGCCAUUGGGCUUCAUGGAAGAAACACCUGGGAAGAAGACAGACAUCAUCGAGGAGUUUUGGUUGAAGAGUGCAGAGAUCAGGAGGAGCCUAGGUCUCACUCCACUGGAGAGGAGCAGAGUCCCAGAAAAAUUUGUGAAGGCCCAUACCCCUGACUCCUCCUCACCUAAGUCGUAUACCCCUGAGGACCUGUCAGAGGAUCUGAGGCCCCCCUUCAUUGGCCGGGCCGUCAUCCGGAGGCUAAAUAUCACUGUGGAGGGGCAGGUCAUCACGCCUGUGGACAAGGAGCCCAAAAGCACUGGAUCUGAGAGAAGGGACCUCAGCAGCAGCUCAGGUUUGGGUCUCAAUGGAAGCUCGGCCACCAGCCAGACUUUAAACAACUCUGACUCUGCCAUGCUGACCCCGCCUUCCAGCCCUCCCCCACCCCCACCCGUCCAGAAUCCGCCUGCUGUUAAGCCAAAGAAGCACCAGGUAGGGUGGUCCAAUAUGCCCAAGGAGACUCCAGUACCAGUCCAGAUGCCUGUGCCUUCAGCUGCUCCAGCUCCUCCAGCUCCUACCCCAGCAGCUCUUGGAAACAUGCCCAUCACCCCGGUGGUGGUGAAGCGGGAGAAAAGCAAACCUCGGCGAGAUGAUGUUCGCAAGUCUUUUGUGGAGAGUGUGGAUGAGAUCCCAUUUGCAGACGAUGUAGAAGAUACUUAUGAUGACCGGACGCCAGAUGCCAGUGUGCUAGAACGAUUCUCCACCCCUCCCAAUAGGAGGCAGGAUAAGAGCAAGCUCCCACUCCACCUGGCUCUGGCUAUGGAGAAUGGCAAGCCCAGUGUCAUUGCAAGGGACACCCAGUCCGAGCAACUGCCUAAGAUGGAGUCUGAGGCUCGUAGAACGCCCCAAAAUGUUGCUUCAGAUGCUUCAGGGAAGAGUAUGAAGACCCAUCAGCCACCCAACUCUCCGUCGACAUCAGCCGUGAAAGCUCUGGAGUCGCGGAAGCAUGCAUUGACACUCUCUGAGCGACUCAUCUCUGGACAUGCUCAGAAGAGCCUAGACAGCUCUGGGGCCUCCUCAGAAGGUUCCUCAGCAGGCAAGAUCAAGAAGCGCAGCUCCCUUUUCUCUCCACGCAAAAACAAGAAGGAGAAGAAGAGCAAGAGUGACAGCUGCUCCUCUGGCAAGCAGAGUUCUGAGGAUGCUCCCAAGCACAAGUCCCUCUGGAAGGUGGUCUUCUCAGGGUACAAAAAGGACAAGAAAAAGAAGAAAAUGGACAACAAAUCCUGGUCCAGCACCCCCUCCAGUGCUGCUACCAUGGGCUCAUGGAAGAGGAGAUCUUCAUCCCUCGAGCGGACAUUAGAGCUCCAUUUGCGAAAAAAUCUGAGUUUCUCUGAAGACUCAGACCUGUCCUGUGACGACAUGCUGGAGAGAGCCUCCCAGAGGUCUAAAACCGAAUGCUUGUACAUCCCUCAUACUGCAGCGCCCAGGAAAGCGCACGCCAUCAAGAAAACGUACACAGAGGAAGAGUUAAAUGCCAAGCUGACGCGGCGAGUGCAGAAAGCUGCCCGGCGACAAGCCAAACAGGAGGAGCUGAAGCGGCUGCACAGAGCCCAGAUCAUUCAGAGGCAACUGGAGCAGGUGGAGGAGAAGCAGAGGCAGUUGGAGGAGAGGGGCGUGGCAGUAGAGAAGGCACUGCGAGGGGAAGCAGGGUGGUAUAAAGGGUCUUACAUUAGUCCAAAACAGCAUAAAAGAAGAUCAGACUAUUGGGGAGAGUCUAAUUACACUGAAGUCCUGGACUUACAUCUGGGUGUGGAGCCCAUUGUGGGGGCCCCUCGUCGGAGACCUGUCACCUUCUGCCAUUGCUGUUCCUCCGAAGGAAUGGGCAAGAAAGACGACCCCAAGCUCAUGCAAGAAUGGUUCAAGCUGGUCCAAGAGAAGAACGCCUUGGUCCGCUACGAAUCUGAGCUGAUGAUAUUUGCUCGUGAACUUGAGCUAGAAGACCGGCAAAGCCGACUUCAGCAAGUCUUGAGGGAACGAAUGGCUGUGGAAGAUGACAUGAAAACAGAAAAGGAGCUGGCAGAGGAGAAGCAGAUCCUCAGUGAGAUGCUGGAGGUCGUGGAACAGCGUGACUCCCUGGUGGCUCUCCUGGAAGAGCAGCGGCUGAGGGAAAAGGAAGAAGACAAAGACUUGGAGGCCGUCAUGCUCUCCAAGGGCUUCAGUCUCAACUGGGCAUGAAUCAGCUUAUCUAGGGAACACUCCUGAAGGCCAAGCCCUUAUUCUACCACAGCAUUAUUAUUCUCCAUUGACAUCUGAGAAAGUUUACAUGCUUACCCAUACUUUAAAAAUCACAUUGGGUGGGAGAAAAACUGAUGUGGUUUCCCUUAAUAGAGCUGUCUUGACUGUUUAUUUUAAACUCCUCAUAUGUAUUUAAGUGUUUUUUUAAUCUCAUUUUUAGAUGAUGGUUGGGAAAAUGCUCUGUACCUUUGGACAUUGAGCUUGCUCACUGUGUAUAUGAAUGUACAAAACCCACGGACUGGCAAUCAGUAGAUUAUUUAUUAACUUUCACACAAGUAGCAACUCAAUCCGAAUCUGCCUGGACUUCCUGGCUCCAUGCAGCAGAAUUCCAUCUUCUUCCACAAUCUGUCUCAGUCCCUUCUCAUGUGUUGCUAGCCAGGCUUUGGAAAAAAAAACACUGCUUCAACUGCCUUUCUCUUUGAACUGCUACACCUGAAUUUAGAAGACUGCUAUUGAUAACAUCUUCAUAUAACAAUUGCAAUGCAAACAUUUUCAGACCUGUACCAACUCUUUUACUUCUUUAUUCCUAAACAUUUUUUACAUUUUUAAUGCAAAAUUUCUUAUGUGUUUACCCUACUCUAGUAACUUUUAAAGUGGUAUUGCCUGAAUGGAUAUGAGGGUCAGAUGUGUUAUGCAGUACUGUUGCAUCAGUGAGUUGGACGAGAGCACACAUUACCAGCUGUAGCUCUUUAUAAAAAAUAAAAUUCAGGUAUAGAUAUUUAGGCUUACUGAAAAGAACUGACCAUGUGGCUUUUCAUGUGUCUGUAAUUAGAAAUGCAUUGGUAGAACUAGUUAAGCUGUGGGACUGGUGAAUUUUUAGUACUCUGAUUUCUCACAUUCCUUUGGUCAUGUCACAGUUCGUGAGAUACCCCACUCCAAAUCUGGCCGAAGUUCACCAAAAAAAAAAAAACACUCACUGCUGCAUAAUGGAGCUGCAUUUUUUAAACAUCUAGACCCACAUAUGCUGCCACAUUUCUUUACAGUAAUAUCAAAACAUCUUUAAACAAAGACCAUGUAAUACAAAAGGGAGAGUUCAAAAUGGUUAUUAAGUUUAUUGUGCAAAAACGUAUAGGAGUAAGGCUCUUAAAUGCCUUUUCCAGUAGCGUUUUUUUUUUUAAACUUAAGUUUGUAAAUCUUCUGGUUUUCCAUUCCACUUCUGAGGUAGCAGUAGCAAAACUUCUCAACAUAUCUUUUUGUACGUUACUCAUGAAAAAUGUUUUUUAUGAUCUAUAAAUGACGAGACAUGAUCAUAUGAAUGAGCGAUGUGAGGCAACUGCAAGCUGCUUUACAUGGUAUCCACGGAAGGACAACGUGCGCUUCUGUGUGGUCACACACAGUGGGAAUUUGUGUAGAGGAUUAUGAGUAAACAAUUAAUAGGAUAAAUAGGUGUACAGGAUUCUAGAAUGACUUUGAGGUGGAAUGUUUUUAUUUAUUAACUUAUGAAAAGGGACAUGUAUCAUAUGUAAAGAAAAUUGAUUAAUUUUUAAAACAUUUUGCUGUUCUUAAACUUAAUGUAUCUUAGUGGCAUACUUGUGUUGAUUGUAUAUUUCAUGAGUAAUAAAAGCAAUGCAGAGGGUAUUUUA